AUGAUACACCUCAAAAGCAAAAGGCAGGACCAUGUUGACCGCCUAGCAAAACCAGCAUGUGACAAGCAAAGCAAAGUCAGUACGCCUCUCAGGCCACAUAGAAUAAGCUACACAGAACAAUGUAACUAUUCUUUAUCACCUGAUGUCUUAGAAGAUAUACUUAUGUUGCUCCCUCACAACGAACUGACCUCACAACCAACAUCCCCCAACAACCACUCUUUCUCACAAGAACUCUUUCUACACAACCACCCUCUCUCACAAGCCAACGCCCGCACCUCCACUUUCUCUCAUACCCCCACACCCUCACCAUCAAACUCCCUCACAAUCAACCACACUCAUAACCAACCUCCCUCACAACCACCAUCCUCACAACCACCCUCCCUCACAAACACACCUCCACCUUCUCUCACACCUCCACACCCUCAACCUCCCUCACAACCUCAUGUUUCCUCACGCUCCUCCUACGACCAGCCCGGGCCCAAGUUGCACCACGUCUCCCUGUAA